GGAUAACCCAAUUCCGGAGCCCGGCCGCCGCGUACCAGGACGUGCCUUCAUCCGGGGCGCUCCAGCGGAGCCAAAUCCCCCGGGAGCGGCGGGGGGAGGACGCUCCCGUUAUCCGGCUCCAGCCGCACCAGCUGUGCAUUAAUAGAUUAUCCCGAGCAUUUGGGAUCGCCAGGAGCCAGGGAAGCGCUCGCGGGAGGAGCACGGGCAGGGCCAGGCCGGCGGACACGGCCCCGUUUGCCUCUGCUGCCGGCAUUCCCAACACAGCCCAACGGAGCCCUCGGAGAGCGCCAUGGACGAGUGGGAUCUCCCACAGUGGAAAAAAGAGGUGGAAAGCCUCAAGUACCAGCUGGCCUACAAGAGGGAGAUGUCCUCCAAGACCAUACCUGAGUUUGUGAAGUGGAUCGAGGACGGCAUUCCUGAAGAUCCCUUCCUGAACCCGGAGCUGAUGAAGAACAACCCCUGGGUGGAGAAAGGCAAAUGCACCAUCCUCUGAGGGCUCCCCUCUGCUGAGGGGAUUUUCCAUUAGUUAGUUCCAAUUCCAACAUGAGAACCUGAACAAAAACCCUGCCCUCACCUCGUUUCUUCUUGUUUAGUCCUAGAAGGGGUUUUAGAAAUGGGGGGGACGUGGGGAAAGGCCCCUGGGAUGGGGCAGGAGCACAGCAAAGGCUGCUCCAAGGUUUGCUGGGGUUUCAUCUUGCACUUCUGCCGCCAAAAAAGGCAGAUUUUGCAACUUGUAAAGAAGCUUUUUAUAAAAAAACCCCUUUUUCAGUGAUUUUUAGAUACUUUUGUAGGAUCUCAGUUUGCAGUAAAACAGGCACAUCGGGCACCUCAAGCUUUAUUAAUGAAAUAAACAGAGCAAUAAUUCAUUAUGAA